AUGGAAUCCGAAUUGAAACAAGAAUUUGAUAAUAUGGGAAUUGAGCCCAGCCAAGAAGUUCUGUUUAGAUCUGUUGAUUUGUGCUCCACUUACAAUAUUGAAGAUGCCGCCGAAUUUGUUGAACAAUGGGUGGCAUUUAGCAUUUCCAAUUUGAAUGGUGCCGAACCAUCGCUUGAGCAUCUAAAUGAAUUUGAACGUAAAGUGUUUCAGGCCAAACGUGAUAAAGAAUUAAUGGCCGCCAAUAAGAAAAAAGGUGGUAAAUUUCCAUCGGCCAUAUCCAAUUUAACCCACUUAAAUGAUAUUGCAUCGAGCAGUAGUAAUCCGUUGGCUAUGUACGGUGUCGAUGAUAGUGAUGUUAUGGAUGAAUAUAUGCAGGAUAGCGGUAUGACUAGUGCAAUGAUCGAUGAUGUUGAUAGUAUGCCGGGAACACCGAGUGUGCUACAUACCCCUAAGAUAAAGCAUAUUUUAAUUGUUAACUGGGAAACGUGA